AGAGGACGCUGUGGGCUUUCGUUCCCGGAACCUGGGCAGCGCAGGAACCCGGCGGCCGCCGUCUCUUUCUCUCCUCGGCCGCAAUGAUUUUUCCCAGACGGCCCCGCGGGUAAACAGACAUGGCUGACGAAGGUGGCGGAGGAGAACCAAACAUGGGGAACCACCUGCAGCUCAUGCCCGCAGAAAGUGAAGAAGAUGAUGAAAUGGAAGUUGAAGAUCAGGACAGCCAAGAAGCCAAAAAACCUAAUAUAAUAAAUUUCGACACCAGCCUGCCAACAUCUCAUAUGUAUCUGGGCUCUGAUAUGGAAGAAUUUCAUGGCAGGACUUUGCAUGAUGAUGACAGCUGUCAGGUGAUUCCAGUUUUGCCACAGGUGAUGAUGAUGUUGAUUCCUGGACAGACUUUACCUCUUCAACUUUUUCACCCUCAAGAAGUUAGCAUGGUGCGGAAUUUAAUUCAGAAAGACAGAACCUUUGCUGUUCUAGCAUACAGUAACAUACAGGAAAGGGAAGCACAUUUUGGGACAACAGCCGAAAUAUAUGCCUAUCGGGAAGAGCAGGACUUUGGAAUUGAAAUAGUAAAAGUGAAAGCUGUAGGAAGACAGAGGUUCAAAGUACUUGAAAUAAGAACGCAGUCGGAUGGAAUUCAGCAAGCAAAAGUACAAAUCCUUCCUGAGCGAGUGUUGCCUUCAACCAUGUCUGCGAUCCAGUUGGAAUCUCUUAGUAGAUGUCAGCUUUUUCCAUCUUCAAAGCCUGUGUCAUGGGAAGACCACUGUUCACCUCAGUGGUGGCACAAGUAUCAGAAGAGGAAGUUUCACUGUGCAAGUCUGACCUCUUGGCCUCCCUGGCUCUAUUCCUUAUAUGAUGCUGAAACCUUAAUGGAAAGAGUCAAGAGACAACUACAUGAAUGGGAUGAAAAUCUAAAAGAUGAAUCUCUUCCUUCAAAUCCAGUUGAUUUUUCUUACAGAGUAGCUGCCUGUCUUCCUAUUGAUGAUGCAUUACGAAUCCAGCUUCUUAAAAUUGGCAGUGCUAUCCAGCGACUUCGUUGUGAACUAGAUAUUAUGAACAAAUGUACCUCCCUUUGCUGUAAGCAAUGUCAGGAAACGGAAAUCACAACCAAAACUGAAAUAUUCAGUUUGUCCUUAUGUGGGCCUAUGGCAGCAUACGUGAAUCCUCAUGGAUAUGUGCAUGAGACGCUUACAGUGUACAAGGCUUCUAACCUCAAUCUGAUUGGCCGAUCUUCAACAGAGCACAGCUGGUUUCCCGGGUAUGCAUGGACUAUUGCCCAAUGCAGAGUUUGCUCAAGUCACAUUGGGUGGAAAUUUACAGCCACCAAGAAGGAUAUGUCACCACAGAAAUUUUGGGGGUUAACUCGAUCUGCUCUCCUGCCCAGGAUUCCAGAAACUGAAGACACAUCCAACCAAGAUAGCUCACCAUUACUCUGCUUGUAACCUGAUGAUUUGCUUUGGGAAUAAGAAGCAGAACCAGUCAGUCAGUGUUUCUAAAUCAAAUCUGCCAUGGAAGUUAACUCUCUCUUCAGAUGCUUACCUAAGUAAAAAGUGUCAUUACACUGAGGUUUGCUGUAUGUAUGAGAAAUAGCUACUUCCCUGAGAAACAACAGUAGCUGAAGAUUUGGAUUCAUUGUUGAAGAGGAGGAAAAGAAAUUUAGCAAAUAGGUUUGAUUUCAGGAAUAUCUAUCCUAAAUAACUUGUAAACUUGCCAGUGCCCUAUUGAAUUUGACAUCCAUUUUUACCCAACUAAAGCUUAAAAAAAAUGCUGUUAAAGACAGUAUGUUGCUUAUAUCCUUCACAUGUGGCAAUGAAUAUUAAAAGUGCAUUUCUUUU